UUUACCAGAAGCUACAAUUCUGGGAAGGCGUGAGCAGAGAGCAGAGCAUGGUUAGUUAAAAGAAAGAUAAAAACCCAUAAGAAGGGGUCAAAGUGCAGCUUUGGUCCACCCAAUCUUUAGGCUAGGCUGUCUCAUCUGAUGUGUUCGUUUCUGAGUUUUCAAACUAAAUUGAAAGAAAAGCACUCCUCGAAUCUUGGUCUUCGUGGAACCUAGUGCAGCAAGAGUGACCCUCACGAUCUCGCCACCCGUUUCUCUCUCUCUCUCUCUCUCUCUCUCUUCUUUUUUCUUCCAUGGAAAAGACUCAAUUUCGGAUCACCACACGACCUUUUCCUCUCUGCUUGAACUCUGCCUAAACAGUCUUUUUCUUGCUGCAAGUUUUAUCCUUGUUGGGUUUCCCUGGUUUUCUGUUUAGCUUUCUUUCUAGGUUUCUUUGACCCAAUUAGUCCUUCUUUCCUUCCUUUCUUGUUAUACUCAAAUUCCCUCAUUUUUUAUUGGGCUCUCUCAUUUUUUGUUGUUUUCUCACAGAGAUUCUUCUUCCAAGUGGGUCUUUGCCGUGUUCUUUUGCUUUUUGCCAUUUUGUUCUGGUUUUUACUUGCACUUAUACUUGGCCAUUGGGUCUACAUUCUCUGUGCCCUUUGAUCUUUCUUUUUUGUUGGGUUGAUGGGCUGUUGAUGUCUUUGGCUGUUGGAGAGAUUUCAAGUUCCAAAAACAUGGGUUUGGAUGAUGAGACUGGCGCUGAAGUUUCAGAAGCAAAGACAGCUAAAACGGCUACUGACGUGGAUCAAUCAUCCACAGGGUUGGUUAGAGAACCGAGUGAGAGUUCCAUGUACGUAACUGAGGAUGAUGAUGACGAUGAUGAAGUAAAGAAAAUUGAGUUGGGUCCUCAGUGCACUCUCAAAGAACACAUUGAGAAGGAUAAGGACGAUGAGAGCUUAAGGAGGUGGAAGGAACAGCUUCUUGGGAGUGUGGAUGUUAAUUCUGUUGGAGAAACUCUAGAACCAGAUGUUAAGAUCCUGAGCCUUGCAAUUAAAUCCCCUAAUAGAUCUGACAUAGUUCUUCCUAUUCCUGAGAAUGGAAAUCCCAAGGGCUUGUGGUUUACUUUGAAAGAAGGUAGCCGUUACAGCCUUGAGUUCACUUUCCAGGUCAGCAAUAACAUUGUUUCAGGUCUCAAAUACACUAACGCAGUCUGGAAAACUGCUGUAAAAGUUGAUAGCACAAAAGAGAUGCUCGGAACCUUUAGCCCACAGUCAGAGCCUUACACACAUGUGUUGCCUGAGGACACAACCCCAUCUGGCAUAUUUGCAAGGGGAUCUUAUUCAGCUAGAAGCAAGUUUGUUGAUGAUGACAACAAGUGCUACUUGGAGAUCAAUUACACCUUUGACAUUCGGAAGGACUGGCAAUCGGAGUAAAACAACUGCAGUUUUGUUGUGUUUGUAGUAACAGUCCAUUGUUUUUCAAGCUGAGAGAUCUGCUUCAUUGUGAACAUGUCAAAAAAAUUCGAAUGCCUUGUUUAUGUUUCAAACUUCUUAAACAAUGAGGAGAAGGAGAGGAUCCUUUGAAAAAGAGAGGGGAAGGGGGGAAAGUAGAAGGGAAUGGUUAAUUCUUUUGGUAGGUAUUUGGUUAAUAAAUUGAGCUUUUCUUUCUC